AUGGUUGUAGGCACCCUACAACAAGUCCCCAGUAAGGGGCGAAUAUCAAUUAUGAAAAUACAGAACUUCACUGUUCAGAAACGACAUUCAGUCAUCCGAUUAUCGUAUGGUAUCCUGUUGGCGAUCAUAGGAAUCAUAAUGGCUGCGAUAAAUCCUCUGGACAUUGUUACCACGUGGUACAUGGACAUGCGGGAAGGUUCAUUCCUCUACAACAUGUGGGCAAAUCCAACGUAUGAGAUGUUCUCCGAAAUGUGGGUCUUCAACUAUACCAAUGCGCAGGAGUAUCUCAGUGGAGCUGAGAAGGUGCUGAAGGUCAAUGAAGUUGGACCAUUCACAUUUCAAGAAAUGCGAACGAACGAAAACAUAAAGAUAGACAAGCAGAGAGGCGUGAUGACUAUGAACCCGAGACUGAAGCUGAAGUUCCUGCUGGACAAGUCUGUCGCUGACACACAUAAUGUCACCGUGAAGAUACCGAACAUUGCUCUUAUUGCGAUGAGCACAUUAGCAGCAGACAAGCUGGGUUACUUCGCGAAUGCUGGAGCCUAUUACUCCAUGUCGGCUCUAGGCUCCAAGCUGUUUAAGGACCUGUCCAUUGAAGAGAUGUUCUGGGGUUAUCAUGACCCUAUUGUUACCAUUGCCAACUCUUUGCUGCCUGGCUGGAUUGACUUCGCCAAGAUUGGACUUUUGGAUCGGUUCUAUUCACAAAAAAACGAGUCGUCAGAAGUGGAACUGGCGAAUGUAACCAGACGGUACUCUCUGAACUCCUGGGACAACACCAGCGGUCUUCUGGAGCAAGGAUUUACUGACUUGGAAACUAGUACACCAUGCAACAGAAUCAAAGGGUCCUUUGAGGGUUUGAUGCUGCCAGCAAACUACCCCAAGGGGAAGAACAUCACCAUCUUCAGGAAGCAAGCCUGCAGGAACUACCCAUUCUCUUUUGUCAGUGAAAGCAAGAGUGAGAAUACUGGACUGAAUUCUUACUUAUACACAAUGGACCCAACAGCUUUCAGCAGCUCCUCUCCCUUUGCCUGUAACUGUAGUGACGGCUGUCCUCCUGAUGGAUUCGUAGAUGUCAGCAAUUGUUACUAUGGUUUCCCAAUAUCUCUAUCAAAACCUCAUAUGAUGGACACAGACCCUGUGCAGCAGUCGCAUUUUGAGGGAAUGAAUCCAGAUCACAAGAAGCAUGGAUCACAUUUUGAAUUGGAACCGACUAUCGGAGCACCGUUAAGCUUCUCCAUCAAGAUUCAGAUCAACCUAGCAGUGAGAAUGAAUGAAGGUAACCCCAUCACAGCUCCAUUCAAGGACAAGGUGCUGCCCAUCAUGUGGUUUGCUCUGUACUGCAACCAACCACCAUCAGAGGUAACAAGCCUCCUUCGCCUGCGUCUUCUCUACGCACCGCCUCUAAUCAUCACCCUGGAAGUCAUCCUCAUCAUCGUCGGUCUGGUCCUUGCAGGCCAAGGACUUCACAGGAUCUGGAAACCUAAGUACAAGAUCAUUCCACCAAAAGAUAUUCCAGCUCCAAUAGUUAGGAGAAAGAGUUCGGAAAGAAGGAGAAGUAGUGUUAUUCUGAACAUGGCCGAAAAUGUAGGGUUUAGCUUUAAGGAUGAUGAGGAUCUGGCUAAAGAGGCAGUGUCCCUCUUAGCUAUUAAUGAAGAGGAUAGUGAAUUCGUAGAUUUGCUGGUCAGUUCUGAUAAUGAAUGA